GCAACAGAAUCAAGAGUUGUUCUGCAAGUUGAGAGAAAGUCAACUUAUUGUGUUUUGCAUUAGAGAUACCUAGAGAUAUAUAUAUAUAUUUUUUUCUUCCGCUGGGUGAUUACCACUGAAGGGGACCAUGGUUAUGUUGAAGAUCUCUGCUUUCCUCGUUGCCUACGCCCUGGUCAUUUGCCAGAUGUACUGCUCACAAGCCGCCCCUGCCAGACCGGGUUUAGAGUCCAUGUCAGACCGAGUCACGCUCACGGACUACGAGGCGCGAAGGUUACUCAACGCCAUCGUGAAGGAGUUUGUUCAGAUGACGGCGGAGGAGCUGGAGCAGCAGGCGACUGAAGGAAACAGCGUUACAGCACAGAAGCGAGCCUGCAACACGGCCACCUGCGUGACCCACCGCCUGGCGGACUUCCUCAGCCGGUCGGGGGGGAUGGGAAACAGCAACUUCGUCCCCACCAACGUCGGCGCCAAGGCCUUCGGGAGGCGGAGGAGAAACGUUCAGAUGUGAGACUCCAACACCUUCAGGGAAACGUGGUUGAACCCAGACAAGAAAACACCAGAAAAAAACCCUGAGAACAAAAAUCAACAAAAACAAAGCAGAAAAUAAAAACACUGAACUGGCCCUUUACCCACUCCCUCACAUUGUUACGGGGAAAAAAGAGACGCCACUGGACUUUCUCGUUCCCAUCUCCAUCCUGUUAGUGAAACCUUUUGCUUUUGGCAAAUAAGAGAAAAAAAUGAGAAAAAAAGCACUUUACUUUAUGUACAUGAACAAAUGAACUCCUGAAGAAAAAAAAAAUACCCUAAUGGUUCCUCUUUUUUAUACAUGAGUAUCAUUGGAAAAUAAAAUGAAAGCUGCAGUUGUUAUCACCUUAUUGUUUUCCCUCCUUUCACCUCGUUAGAGCACAUUUCUAUGAGACCACCUCCCCAUUUGAGAUCCAUACAUCCUCCAUAUCUCCCUUUCCUUCCCGAGGGUACCCUGUUUUUCUGUGUGCCAGAGGGACGCCAUUAAAGAUCAGCCUACCCAAGGCCCCCCCCACAACGGCUGUUGUCUUGUGCCUUGAUGUAGACCAAUUUACAUGAACAUGAUUGUACAGUUCUGUUUGGAGACGGUAAAGAAGACCUGAGCGAGGAAGAAGAGAACGAAGAUUAAUAAUGUAAACAAUAUUGUGAAAAACUAAUUUCAGCAAGAUUAAAAUGUAUUUUAGAUUACACUCGGGUUUGGGGUACUUGUGUUGUUCUUCAAAGGUUUUUAAGUAUUUAGGUUUAGAAAGACGUGAACUAUUACAUUAUGAGAAGCUUAGAUUUGUACAUGAAUUGCUGGAAUAUUAAUUAAUAACGUCCAAUCAAAUGGCAAAACGGGACCUUACGCAAAUAGAUUUGUUAGAAAUGUAUUUCCCACUGACAAAUGCACUAUCACUUCCUAGAAAUGUCCAUUUAUCUAUGUAUUAUUCUGCAAACGUAUUGAACCAGUCCACAUUCACACACUACUGUCUGGGUCACUUUGUAUGCAGCGACAGUCUGCAGGUGUAAACACAUCAGUUUUAUUGGGAGUAUUUUCUGAAUGACACCACAGCAGCAUGGAUAUGUUGAGACAAAUGAUGAUCCAAGAAAAAAAAACAACCUGCAUGGGUAAUUGCUUAAUAAACGGCAGCCAAAACUGCA